UGUCAUCAUCCCCGGUUCCCGGGCAUGAGCAAUUCUCGGGGCUAAUUCAGCUAGGUGGACGGUAUCCAGGGUUGAAAACGUCCCGGGAGGCUGAGAUGAGAUGUGCCGGAGACACCCCCUGGGAAAUUCUGCUUUUUGGUGAUGAAAGAAUGAAAACAGUGAUUCGGUAUUAAUAAUUCAACGCGCUAUCAAAUUAUUUAACCAUAUAUGUGGACCAAUAACAAAGUAUAUCAUAUCAAUCAAAAUACAUGACAUAUUAUAUUAACAAUAAAAGUAUAUUUUGAAAGAAAAGAAACAGAGAGCAGAAUAGUAAACAAAAUUAUUUUAUCAAUGUACAUACGUACUACACGUGUGGCGUGCCAUGACAGAUAUGUGAACUGAUGAUAAAGGAUGAAAAUUGAAGAAUGGAGUUGUUUGAUUGGAUUUCAAACGAGUCGAUUAGUUUUUUUUGGGAUCUGUAUUCAGACGAGUUUUGGUAAGACGACCCAGGCCGAGCCUCUAGUGUCGCCUUCUGUAACACCUACAUCCAGAGUUGGUCAAACAGCCUUCAUUACAGAAUGGCGUUGGGUAUCCGACGAACGGUUCAAUACCGUUGGCACAUGGAAUCCCGGGCCACGACUCGAUCACGUUUUCUUCUCGUACAAAGGGGACCAGUGGCUUUAUGGCGGGCACAUCAACGCCAAAAAUUAUUACGAUCUCUGGCUUGCAAGCGGAAACGAACCUUGGACGAGAAUACCUCUGCCUCCGGGCCUGAUUCAAGCUGGAGCACCGAAAAAAGCUGCUCUCUGUGUCGUCGAUGGGACCCUGGCACUGUAUCCCCUCGCAGGAGAUACCGUGUGGCUUUUAGACGUGAAAGAUAACGUGUGGACGGCUUUUGUCUGCUUCGGGAGUUCUGUCAUCGUGGCUAAUGGAACUACAAAGAACUACUGUCCAGGUAACCCAGGUCGGAACGUGAUAUCGUGGUGCGACGCUCAGGAAGGACGCCUUUCCAUCUAUUCCGGAAACAUGACGUGGUCUUUCAGUCUGUCUCCACCGCACUGGUUGAGUCACGUUAUUUCCGAGCCCGAUGCUCUGCGUUUGUCCCGAUGUUCUCCGUCGUUGCAAGCGGGGCUGGCGGAAAGUGACAAGGCGGGUUUGUAUCUGCUUUGCGCGGAGAACGAUUUUGGAACCAGGAACGUGCUGAGGCUCAAGGUCAAGCAGAAGGGUGUCGAACUCGACGAUUUGGGGAGCUUGGCUCUUAUUCCCGGCAACGUGUCCAGCCUGGGAAUGACAAUUGCUCACUGCGACGAAAUUGUCGCCCUCGUUCUUGCCCAGGAAGACAACCUUCCGGUUUGGGUGAUUGACAACGAAACCGGAUGUCUCGUGAAGACGGGAAACUCCUGGGUGGGAUACGCGCUCAAGUGGCUGCAGAUAUAUUCGGCGGUUGAUUACACGGUAACUUGUGCAGGAAAUACGUACAAAUUGAGAAACCCUCGAGUGCAACCCGAGUUACUGGCGGAAUCUGGAAAGAAAACAAAGUAUUGGCCAAAUAGGAGGGGCAGUUUUCAGAUGAGCUUGAUAGAGCUGGGCGAACUCAUAAAGGUCGAUCAGGACGGCCUCCACCUCUACCAUAAUCGAACGGCAACCGAGGCCUUGGUGUUCUUUGCACUGAGCCUGCUAAUGUUCCUAACUUUCGGAGUUGCAUGGUUUUUCAAACGGUGCGUGACCAUGCCAACAGCUCCAAGAGGGUGGCCCGGAAGUUGGGGAAGGUCGGCAGGUUCGGUGGUUGCUGGCGAUUGCACACCAACCGCACGCUAUACCCCCAUACCUCGUGGAGAAAUUGGAUUGAUUACUUGACCGCAGUUCACAGGAUCCGUGCUCAGAUUUACCCGCAUGCCUAUAUGUAUACACCGUACAGCUUCAGUGUCGAUAUACGUAUCACUCAAUGGAUUGUUCUAGUUUUUCUUCGUGAAUAUGGAGUAGAUGUUGUACCUUUCCCAGUUCGACCAUCGUGGAGUUUGAUUGCUCUGAAUGACCAGAAAUACUACACUUCAGUUUUCACGGCCACUUUUUACUCGUACGCAGUUCUAGGCAAUGCAGAUACAUAUCACUAUACAUUAUGUAAAUAUCGAAAAUACACAUAACGGCCUAUUUCAUACUGACUCAAUACAUUACGGAAAUGAAUUUGACAUUCUUUUACUGGUUAUAUGCAAGGAUGGAAAUUUGAACAGAACCGAGUAUUGUUCAACACUGCGAUUUAAUAAAAUGAUGAAAACACUCUGAAAAUAUUGCGUUCUAAACUUGUCUACGUCAUAUAUUGAGAAAAUAAAAUCAGUUCCACGUAUCGAUAUUGAUUAUUGCAUCAAAAGUCCAUCAAUUUAGGUGCAACAGCGAAGUAGAUGUAGCGAUUACAUAUUGGACUGAAAAUAAAGUUUUCCAAAACUUUCUUGGUCAGAUACGUCAA